AACCAAACGAGGUCUUCAGCCCUUUGGCUUGAAAUCAGGAAGUGUUUAUAUUAUUUUUCGAUAUAUUAACGUUUUUAUAUUAAAUCUGAAGAUUUGUAGGAUUUCAGCCAUAUAGUUCUUUGCAAUUUAUUCACAUGACAAGCAUUUUGAACAGGUAAUAUCAGAGCGAGAUAAUUUCGGAAUAAGAAGUCCACAAGCCUUUGUACAAACAAGCAGUCUGCUUAUUGCUGAUCGUCUGUACUUUCCCUGUUUGCGGUGCAGGAGAAAUUGUCACCGGAAAAACUGGCACAAGAACAGCUCUGAAUCUCCCCGGUGCUUUAUACGCAACUGUUGUAGAACCACCAUGGAUAAUUCCACUACGAUAGUGUUUGUUCUACAAAGACUGAAUGAGACGAUGUCUAGCAAACACACGUAUUUUGCUUUCACUCUUCUCGUUUACCUUUUUACAGUUUUAGCGAACCUGACUUUGAUUGUGACAAUUAUUUUGGAAAGAGCGCUUCAUGAGCCCAUGUUUAUUUUUCUGUGUAGCUUGUGUGUAAAUGGGAUAUUAGGUGCCUGUACAUUUUAUCCUAAAAUACUUGUGGACCUUUCAUCUGAUUUGAGUGUUACUUCGUAUAAAGCUUGUCUGAGUCAAAUUUUUGUAUUAUACAGCUAUACCUGCUGCGAAUUUACGACGUUGGCAAUGAUGGCUUAUGACAGGUAUAUCGCGAUAUGCAAGCCGCUCAGUUACCACUCCAUCAUCACACCUCGGAAGGUUAUGAAAUUGCUGAUUUUUACUUGGCUUUUGUCCAUCUGUGAAUCAGUUGUUGUGGCGGGUUUGGUGGCCAGACUGCCCCUCUGUGGAUUCAACAUCGACAAGAUUUAUUGCACAGCCUGGGCCGUGGUAAAGCUGUCAUGCGUGGACGCCACUAGCAACAACGUAUACGGGACAAUUCUCUCGGUUUUUCACGUUUCACAGGUAGUGCUGAUCUUGAUUUCUUAUAUUAAUAUUGUCAAAGCCGCUGUGCGAUCGCAGGAAGAACGGAAUAAGUUCAUGCAGACCUGUUUGCCCCAUUUAGUCGCAUUGAUCAACUUCACAGUCUCAGUCAUAUUUGACAUCAUGUACGCUCGCUAUGGUCCCACCAGCCGUCUGCACGCUCUCCGCAAUUUCAUGUCCGUGGAGUACCUCGUUGUUCCACCGAUACUGAAUCCCCUCAUCUAUGGUCUGAAACUGAACCAGAUCCGCCAGAGAAUCUUCAGGAUUUGCAGCCGAAAAAGACAUUCUUUAAAGUGAAUGUUU